CAUAAACCAAACAUCACAAAGAAGACCACACAGGGUCAGCAAAAAAGGAGCCACUCUUAUACAUCAUAUUAGAGCCGCUUCUUUAGUCCGUAAUACAGCGUUGAGGGCAUGAAUGGCUGGUUGGUCCAAACCGUACGCUUCUGUUCCGUUGAGUCAGUUUCAUUUGUUUGUUCCAACCUUUUGACUUCUUUAGCUUCAUUUACAGUAUUGUGGUAAAACAUUUAGUCUUUCUACUAGACUGGACACAAUUUUGAGUAAGUGAGAAGCUCACUUUGCUUCCAGCAAUGUCAAGUUGCCCAACUAUCCACUUAACCUUACCGCAGUGGGACGGGGGCGCACGGAAGAUUCGCUUCAUUCACCUGGUGAAUCUGACGUCGUUCAGGCUGACAGAGUGUCCCAACAAGAGUCCAAUGGUCCCUCUCUAUUUAGGAGCUGAUCUCUUCUCCAACACAGACAUCCGCACGGAGAACCAUCCCAGACACCAUGCCAAGUUUGCCAAGAAAGGAUUUGCAACAAAAAUAUUUUUUUCCUCAGCAUUCAGGUUCCAUGGCUUGAAGGUACCUAGUGCAAGUAACAGCCUCUGGUUCUACAGCGUUCAAGGACUUUUUCGAGUAGCCUUUGAGAUGUACAGUAAGCAAGAGCAGCUUGCUGUACUAGAGAACUUCCAGGAUGUUUGGAAAUCGCAGAUAAAUGACAGCCCUCUGGAAAUGAGUUACAACCUCAGUGUGCAGCUUGACUUUGCACUGUCCAGCAGCCUGCAUGAUACAGAAUCAAACAAUGAAAUAUCACAACCUCAGCAGUACCAGGUUGUCAGGGAUUCGGUGGAGGUAUAUGGCAGUGACACAGGUGAUACAUCAGCAGAUCACGAUUAUUGUUCUUUCCCCAAGCAGAGCUUGCAAACCGAGCAAAGCCAACUGGUAUCCACAGUGAGACAAAAAUUGCACAGCUUGGAUGAAAAACUCUCAUGUGAGACUCAAAGCUACACAGAACAGCUGGAGACUGUCUUGCUGCUUUUGGAGAACAUUGAUCAGUACAUAAAUGGGAAUCUAGAAGAAAAGGAUGUGACAAAAACUGUGCUAGCCCUGCUAAAGGCCAAAGACUGGGGUUGUGUGUAUUCAAGUUCCCUGCUUUGCGGUGUAGGAUGCUGGCUAGGCCAACAGUUUCAUGCAGCCAACAGCAGCAUCAGCCAGAAAGUGGAGGGUUUUAAAGUUCAGCAUAUUGAACAAAUUAGUGACUUGCCACCUGCUGAGGAACUAGCAACAGAGCUAUUCCCAGAAGCCAUGCAAACACUGCUGCUUCAUUGGAUGGGCUUAACUGAGGAGUCCACCAUGGAGAGGAGACACAGCGAGUACCCCAUCCUGCUCCUUAUCCUUGAGUUUGCCAACCACAACCUCAUCACAGGCGUGGCUCAUGUGCUGUACUCCAGUCUUAUAUGUAAAUAGUGGAUUUCCGCUGAGGCAUCAUUACAGAGACCUGAAAUGUAAAACAAUGUCCAGUAUUCUAAUAAAUGUAAUUUUGAUAAAUA